AGGUUUGCUCAGGGCGUGGCAGUUGUGGAUAAAGGGCUGCCCAGGCUUGGCAGUCCGCUUUCUGCUUUCUCCCGGAACCGCCUCUCAGCCUGUUGAGCUACUCAGAUCAACGCUGUGCCAUGCAAGAGGUCGUUCUGAGCCUGCUGGUCCUCCUAGCAGGCCUUCCUGCUCUAGAUGCCAAUGACCCUGAGGAUAAAAAUAGUCCUUUCUACUACGAUUGGUACCGACUCAGAGUCGGCGGGCUGAUCUGUGCAGGGAUUCUCUGUGCUGUGGGCAUCAUCGUCCUUAUGAGUGGAAAGUGCAAGUGCAAGUUCAGACAGAAGCCCAGUCACCGCCCAGGGGACGGGCCGCCUCUCAUCACACCAGGCUCUGCUCACAACUGCUGAAGAUGGACCCGCUGACGAGCACAGAGCGCCUCUGAGCCCAGGUCCUGGUUUUGGAGGUGGCCUGAACUCUAAGAUGACUGUCCCAUCCUCUCCUGGCACUGCCUUGUCCGGGCCUCAUUCUUACCUCUCUCAUGGUAGCAGGCUCGUUGUUCAGUUUUUAAUCUAAAAUAAUUUUACAUUGUGCUCAUGUGA